AUGUCUUCAAGGUCCAUCUUGUCAGAUGAGACUUCGUUAGCUAAAAGUGGCUCAUUGGCUGAAUUUAUGUUUAUUUCGUCUGAAAAAGCGUCUGCUGCAGUCUUAAGAGGUUACCAAAUCAAAGUGAAGUCUGAUAGCGACUUUUGUUCAUUUAUGCCACCACAUCCAGGAGAUGAUGUAGCAGCUACAGAAAAUGAUGGUGUCCCAUUUUGUACAAGACCUGGACUUGGUGGAAAGGCCAUCUUCCCUUCUGGAUUUAUUAAAUCUGCUCAUUUUAAGAGUACUUCACUCUAUGUUCAAGUGACAGGCACAACAGAUCGUGGAAAAUAUUCUCUCAAGCAAACUGACGGUGGAGGACAAUACGAUAAUAAAAAUAUCAAGUCCACUACUUGUAAUGGUUAUCCCUAUUUUGUGAACUUGAUUGAGCCUGAUAGUAAUCACUUUUGUAUUCGUUGCUGUAAGAGACCAUCUGACUGCAAUGUAGGUAUUUCUAGUUAUGGCUGUGAAAGGGUUGUACCCGGUGAUUACAGUUAA